AUGCCAGCAACAAUGAAGAACCACCUUUCGCCUGCCGACUUGAUAUGUGCCCGGAGGUUAAGUGCGACAAAUGUUGCCGACAUGAGCCCUGCCACACCUGCAACCACCCAUCUGAAUAUAUCCAGUGGAACAAUCGACAUACACUGCACCAAACAAACGUGACUUACCAGAGCUGGAAUAAAGACAAACAGGGAAUAUCCAUAUAGGCAGAAUAGUUGAACAAGUCCCGCCGGUACAGAGAAGUAUUUAAGGAUUACAUACAGGCAAAGAGGAACGAUGGUAACAUAG